AUGGCCAAUCGUCAGCAAGGGGAAUCAGCAAGGGAACAAGCUAUCCAGGACAGCAGCCCAGUUAGCAAACGCCCAACUGGCGAUAUCCGACCCACAAAUAUAUACGCUGCGUCUGCAUCCAAAUCAUACCUGUCCUCAGGAAAGCAGAUCACUCGCUUCCGAAUCAGCAAGAGUUGCCUUGUCUGCCGACGGCGCAAGGUGAAAUGCGACACUGUCCGUCCGACAUGCGGAACCUGUGAGAAAACGAAGUCUGAAUGUGUCUACAGUUCAUCGUCCUUGACUGACUCCUCCCAGUCACGACACCAUUCACGGGAAAAUAAACAUGGCAUCAAGCGACAGAGGGAACUGAACGAACCUGUAAAUAUCGACGACUCAUCGAUUGAAGUGUUGUCACCCUACCAUAUAUUGAAAGAGAUACAGCGGGGACAGGCUGCGCUCCGUGAACAGUAUUCGGAUUCUCAGGCUAUCGCCGCCAGGUUGGACCAACUGACGGCCAUUGUUGAGCAAUGGGCUCGAACAAAUGACCCCCAGUCACUCGAAGAGCUCAGUACGACGAGGCAUAGACAAAGGCAUGAUGCACCAACUAAUGCUGGACUUCAGCAGCAAGGUGCGCCUGAUUUACCCAGCCAGUUAUCGGAUACCUCGCCCCCCGUCGGUCCGCUGUCGAAAACUCGACUGUGCCAAAUAGCCCAAGCUGAAAAUAACACUGGAGAUGACUUUCCGAUUCCGAGUGGCCUGGAAACGGAUCUUGUCGAUCCGGUUGGCUCGUUGAAUUUGGGGCACCUCAGCUUGGAAGAGGGUGGGAAGCCAAGAUAUGUUGGGACGACCUAUUGGGCUUAUAUCUCGCGUGAGAUAACGGAGCUAAACCAGCUUCUCCGGGGCCAAACCCUCUCUGUCGAUCGUUCACCCAGUCCAGAUGAUGCCUAUUCUUCUUUGGAUGAGAAUGACUUCGCAGAUUCAGCACUCCUAAGCAGCAGUCGCGGAGCGAAGACCUCGCUACCUACCCGCAAGGACUCGUUUAACAAAUCGGUGCUGUUCCCAUUGAGCGAGUCCCCUGGGUCACCAGAUAAAUCUGUUGAACCAUAUAUGUUGGAGAAUGUCCCUACAAAACGACAAAGCCGUAUUUUGUUAAAAGGAUUCAUGUCUGGAGUGCAUGCAAUUAGCCCGGUUGUGCAUCCUCCUUCGAUUCUGAGGAAAUAUAAGGCAUUCUGGAAUUGGUAUGAGAAUAGCAAGGAAUCUGCUGAAUCGUGCCCCGAUCCUUCCUUCAUUCCACUUCUUUAUGCCAUCUGGUACGGUGGCUCUGUCACGAUAUCACGCUGGAUAAUCCGCGAUGAAUUUGACAUAGAAAGUCGCGCCGUUCUGUCCACGCGUUUCCAUGACGAGGUUACUCGCUGGCUGCGUAAAAUAUCUUUUCCUAGAAACCCCUCAAUCCACGGCCUGAAAGCGUUCCUUCUUGUCCAGACUAUUUUAUCCAGAGAAGAAGAGCCACUGGCAAGCAGCUUGUUCAUCAGUUUGGCUCUACGUGUUGCCCAAACCAUGGGGCUGCACAGGGACCCGGCCCAAUUUGGCAUUUCGGCUUGCCAGGCAGAGGCUCGAAGACGCAUAUGGUGGCACAUCGUACAUAUGGAUGGCGUGGUGGCUAUGUCUAGCGGCCUCCCUCCUCUUGUUAGCGAUGAAAAUUACUGGGAUGUUCGCAUUACAAGCGAGGUUAAGGAUACCCUUUUAGACUCCCCGGAAGCGGCCGAGUAUGAGCGCAUGGUUAACAACAAUGAGCGGAAGCCUGACUGCCCAAGUGAUCCGAAUAUAUGCGGAGGUUCAUCUAUGGUGAACGUGUAUUAUCUAUCUGCCAAAGGGAAAUAUGUUAUGGCUCAGGCGAUUCGAAAGAUCCUGAAGAUUCAACUGGGAACUAAGCCAGUUACGCGACGGGACAUGGAAUCUUUGCGUACAAUUCUUAUUGACCUUCAGUCAAAAUUACAGGCCAUAGUGGAUCGGAUACCCGUAUCGAAAUGUGCGAACCCGGGCAGCCGCGAUGGCCACAGUUACCACUCCACUCCGUCAUGUACGUCAUCUACAGCUAUGGACUCUGGCGAUUCUACUACAGCUGAGGUCGGCCCUAGCUGUCUUGAGCAGUAUCAUUCCCCAGUUUUGGUUGCGUUUCACAAGUGGGCUAGGAUAUUACUCUCUCUUUUCGUUGACAAGGCAUUUUGUGUUGCUUAUCAACCUUUCUUGAAGAAUGCAAAAAGUAAUAUAUGGCCAGUUGCUCGUCAGCGAGCUAUUCGCCAUUGCCAUGGGUUCAUGGAAAAAUUCAUCUUGUUAGCUACUGAUCCCGACUUCCAGCCAUUCCAAUGGAGCUGGCCAGGGAUAAUGCUUAUUGACCUAUACGAACGCCCGCAAACCGCGGAGGCCCCUAAAUCCCGCGCCUUCAUCGACAAGAUCUUCUCCCUUUCCGGCCCUGAUGGCGGCGUGGUUGGCGGUGAAGAUGGUAUAUCAACAUCUCGACCGCUCAGAGACGGCGGCCGUCAAGCGUGGGACAUGCUGCGGCGCCUGCGGGAGAAAGCCUGGCUCAAAGCAGGCCUUGACCCGAGUGUUCUCUGGACAGAGCAGGCACAGGCGGAGGCUCGACGCCCGAGUAAUAGGCAUAUGUCUACGGAUGCUCCUAGAGAGCGUCGAGAGUCUUCGGUCCAGAGUUUUACAGAUAGUUAUUAUACGCUCAUCAAGGAACCGUAUGAUCAUAAUGUUCACAGUAAUAGUCAAUCGACGAAAUGGCAGCGGGAGCGAGAACGGGCGCGGGCGCAGAGUGGGAAAGACAAUGCGUAUAUAAUAGACAAAACCGCUCAAGAAAGCCAUUCCCAUACCCAGCUGGAAGGCAUCGGUGUUUCCUCUCAGGAAUACGCCACAACUACACUUCCACAGUCAGAUACACCAUUACCUUGGCUCCGUACAUCUCAAAGCCCCCAGACGGACGACAUCGCCAAACAACCCUGGGCAACUGCGUCCCCGUUCCCACGUGCUCCUAUCAACGACGGCCCCAUUUACCAGUUCUCUACAUCCACCACGACCACCACCCAUACCACUAAACCACCGGGACCAUUCAACAUUCCCACGUCCUCUACCAACUACAGUGCCAGCAGCUACAGCAAUGACCCCCUUAAUGUCCCCACCUUUACGUCAUCCCACACCCCCACAGCACUCGACCUCCCCAUGCCGCUACCUAUCCCCACCGCAUCCGACAUCGACAUCGACAUCGAUAUUCAGCCCAAGCCAGGCCCCUAUCCCAACCCCACCUUCCAAUCCGCCAGCCCCAGCUCCAGCCCCAUCCUCGACCCGCACAAUUUGCAAUUCGACUGGGACCAGUGGGAUGCCGUCUUUGGACCUUCGCUGCCUGUCGUUGACGACCUGAUGCAUCUUGAUAGCAUCAAUACUGGCGGGGCAGGGACGGGCACAGGGCCGGGUGGGAAUGGGAGAAUCGGUAUUACCGCUGAUGGCGGUGACGGACCCGCGGUAAGCAAAGAUGAGACCGAUACGGUAUUAAGGGACCUAGGGCUUGCGGCUGAUUAUUAUGACGGGCACGGGAGCUGA